CUUCGCCUCUGCCUCUGUUGGUUCUAAAGCCAUGCCAUCCCCAGCACCCACGCCUUCUUAUCUUCAGUCGCUCAUCCUCCUACAACAGUAUCAAUUACAACAAAGACAGUUACAGCAGCAACAACAGCAGCAGCUUCACACACCGUUUGGUCAUGCUUCGGUGCCGCAUCCUCAUCAGGCGUUUACUCAACUCAGUCAGCUCUCUGAGCAGCAACUGUUUUUCUCCACACAAAAACUAAAGCACCAGCAACAGCAGCAAUGGUCUACGAACAGUUCUCUUCAAUCGACUUCCGCCCUCUCGCCAACAUUGACAGAGAGUGCGUCUGGGCCAUCUUCGCCCCAACACCUUUCCACGAUGAAUUCACGGCAUUCUGAGGUCUCUUCUGACUCCUCCCUGAGCAGCGAUACAGCAGCGUCUCCGACAGCUAGUUACUACAAACGGCGCACCUCUGCCACUUUCAGAUCAUCGUUUUCCGUACCCUCUCUUCCACCCUUUGAGCCGUUUGAUUUCGCACCCGAUGAUUUUUUGAGCCAGGAAGCAGAUGAUGGAGACGAUGAAAAUGAGCAAGAACAGCAGCACCGUGAUGAAGGUCAAGCAUCCGGGUCCGAAGAGGAUGAAUACGCGCACGGUCGAUCGUCUCCUAUCCUUGCAUCCUCUCCGGUGAUCUCCGCCAAUUCCAAGAAGCGCUGCAUGGUGGCAGACACUCUAGGCCGAUCGAAGGAGGGACACGCGAUUUUAGCAGCACACGCGAGCUCGGGGCGAAGAGCCAAUGACGCGGAUGACACGGGGAAUACAAGAGACCAGAUCGAGUCCCAAAAUGGAGAAGAAAGAGUACCACAGGGCGAUUGCCAUGGUAAGAAAAAUGAAUGAAUGAAUAAUGAGUCGAGCAAUUGCUGUAAUAUAGAACAGCGUUUCGAGAUCGAAACUCUAACGCCGAGCGACAAAAACAGAAAAGAAAA